AUGCGCAUGGCCCAUGGCGCGCGACUUGACGACUCAUACCAGAACCUGAACGUCCAGGUUGAGGCAGCGCUGGCUCAGGGCCUGAGCUUCAAGGACAAGUUUCGGACCAGCACGCGGCGGCGCGCGACGGGGUCGGACGGCGACGACGACGCGGAUGCACCGCUGGCGGAUCUGGUGGAGGACCGCAGCGGGCCGGAGGAGGGCGAUGGCGCUGCAGGGGUCCGGCAGCACGAAGUGCCAGCAGUGGGCGCGCCCCCGACGCCCGCCCAGCCGCCAGCCGUGCCUGGCAAAGGCGCAGCGCCAACAGCAGUAGCAGCUGUGGGCGGCGGCGGUGGCGGCGGCAAGAAGAAGCUUGGAGGCCUCAAGCUUGCGGUUGGCAGCCAGAUGGACACUGGGGAGUGGACAAGCCACGGGCAAUUCCUAAAGAAGGACAAGGCGGGCACCGAGAUCCCCAACGGACUACAGCAGAUCAAGGCGGAUGAUCUGGUCAAGGUCAAGGAGCUGGGCCGCGGCUGCUUUGGCAGCGUGUGGUUGGCCAAGUGGCGGGGCGUCGAGGUGGCACUGAAGGAGAUGCUGCACCAG